AUGUUUGGAGGACCACCACCGUCUUUAAGUGCUGCCGAGCUGAAGGCGCAGGAGGAUGAAGCGAUCGUGACAGUGCAAAGAGUUAUUGUUGGAGCCGUUCUGCUGUACUUGUCACCCUUUGCGAUCGAUGCAAUCAAGAAACUGGUGUAA